AUGUUUAAUGUAUUGUUUGUCCUCUAUUUAGAACAUUAUCUAGAAUUUGCCACACAACUAGCUCAACAAUGUGGGCAAAUAAUUCUUGAAGCAUCAAAAACAAAGUAUGCUACUGGUAAUAAAGUAUUUGAAAAGUUUGGUGAACAAACCGACUUAGUCACUGAAACCGAUAUAAAAGUUGAAGAAUUCAUCAAAUCAAAGCUGAAAGAAAAAUUUCCGGAUCAUAUGUUUAUCGGAGAAGAGACAAAAGCCGCCGGAAAUCAUUCUGAAUUUACAGAUAAACCAACAUGGAUUGUUGAUCCAAUAGGUCAUGGCGCAUUUUUAAAUCAUACAACUAGACUUCCAUUAUCCCAUCCAUCUUCUCCUCCUGUAUUACCAUCUAGUCUUUCUCAAUGCUUGGUGGCUUACGAUUUUGCUGGUGCAAAUAGAUCGGACUCAACCCUUAGUAAAAAGAUUAAUUCACUGCAUAAUUUGUUAAGAUCACCCGGAGAAGUUUCUUGGAGUUCCAAAAAAGCUGGAACAGUACGCGGCGUUAGAUGUUUAUGUAGUGCUGCUAUUAGUAUAUGUUAUUUGGCCAAAGCUCUUGUUAUUCUUGUUGAAUCAGGGGGUAUCAUGGUUAAUGGUCACGGGUUCAAUGAAGGUCCAGUAGACAUUUUUGGUCGCAAAUACUUAAGUAUUAGAGGUGGUUCGCCAUGUGAGGGUGAUGAAAAUUCUAAACAAAGUCAAUUACGCCUUAUUAGAGAAAUGUUGGAUGUUAUUGAAGAAAUUGAUUAA